AUGUAUGUGUAUGUAGAGAAGAUCGUCGGCAACAAGGGGCUUACCGUGCUUUUGAAUAACGCCGGUGCUUUCGUGAAAUAUACCACAAAACAGGAACCGAAUCGUGCUGAUAUUAUCAAAAACUUCAAUAUCAACGCAGCCAGUGUAGCUGUCGUCACGCAGGUAUUCCUACCGUUGCUACGCAAAGCCGCCGAACAAGGUGCCUCAGACGAGUUCUCCGUGGAUCGUUCGGCCAUUAUCAACAUUUCAUCUGGACUUGGAUCGAUCGCUAACAAUACUACGGGUUCGGGAGACAUGGGAACUCUUGCCUACAGAAUAAGCAAGUCUGCAUUAAACUCCUUGAUGAAGACGGUAGCAAUCGAUUUGGAACCGGAGCAUAUCCUUGUGGCCUCAUUUUGCCCAGGUUGGGUACAAACCGACAUGGGAGGGCCGAAGGCCCAUCUCACUGUAAGUUUGUUGACUUACAAUUUCCCCGAU